AUGGAGUGUAACCAGGUCAACCAUGUUUCCCCUUUGAAUCUGAAACAUCCUUUUGAAGAGCAGCGUGAAGCGUAUGCAGGCUCCUCCGUCCUCAUUGCACCCAGGUGCGCUCCUCUCCAGCGCACAUUCUUCGGCGUCCUGGCUUCCCCUGCCUUCGUCGCGGUCGUCCGAGUGGUGGCCUGGCUACUCUGGGAGUUGGCUGGGCUUACCGGCACAGCAGCUACCGCCCUCAAAGCCGCACCUACCUACGCAGGCAUAAGGCCUACUUGCUCUGAAAUUAUUUUGCGACAAGAAGUUCUGAAAGAUGGUUUCCACAGAGACCUUUUAAUAAAAGUGAAAUUUGGAGAAAGCAUCGAGGACUUACAGACCUGCCGACUCUUAAUUAAACAGUACAUCCCAACAGGACUUUUUGUGGAUCCAUAUGAGUUGGCUUCAUUACGAGAGAGGAACAUAACAGAGGCAGUGAUGGUUUCAGAAGAUUUUAAUAUAGAAGCUCCCAACUAUUUGUCUGAGGAAUCCGAAGUUCUCAUUUAUACCAGACAGGAUUCACAGUGCAUUGAUUGUUUCCAAGCUCUUUUGCCUGUGCACUACCGCUAUCAUCGGCCACAUAGUAAAGAUGGAGAAACCUUUAUUGUAAUCAAUAACCCUGAUUUACUCAUGUAUUGUGACCAAGAGUUUCCAAUUUUGAAAUGCUGGUCUCAGUCAAAAGUGGCAGCUCCUUGUGCUUUGAAGAGUAAGGAUAUUUGCCAGUGGGACAAUAUGAAAUAUAGAUCAGUAUAUGAAAAUGUGACUUUACAGGUCCCAGUGGGACUGACUACACAUACCUUUUUAGUAUGUUCUGCGACUCUGCUUGUUACCAUCCUUUGUUCUACUUUGAUCCUUGUGGCUGUCUUCAAAUAUGGCCAUUUUCCCCUAUAAGUUUUAGGCAAUUAAAUGCUUCCCAUAAACUUAAGUAAAACCUAAUUAUUUGUGACUAGAAAUGUUCUUCUGGAAUUGUCAUUACUUUUGUCUUUUGUCUUCAUUUUUGGACAAAAUUAUAUUUACUAGUAGAAAUUUUAUAGUAUUCUCAACUAAUUCCAAAAUGUAUUGUGCUCUGUGUUGAUCUUUGAUAAUCUUCAAGCAUCUAGUGCCAAUAGAGGAAAGUUAAUUCUGUUAAAUUACUAUUUAUUUUGUGAGAAGUGACUUUAUCUUCGUUUGAGUUACAAAAAUGAGUACUUUAUGUAUUAGAGAUAAAUUACUCUCAUUUUGUGAAUAGGAACAUUUCAAUUUAAGAUAAAAAUUGAGAAAGUCAUUAUAAGUAGCAUAAAAUAAUUUGGAUGAAUGAUUUUAUUUAAAUGUUAAUUUUAUGAGACUAUUGAAAUCAUCUAGAGUUUCAAAGAAAAUUAUUAAAAUAGAAUAGCUUAGAAAAUAUAUCAAAAUUGAUUAUUCCUCAGAAUAUUUCCAUUCUCCUUUUAUAUUUUACAUUGCUUUUGAAUAUAGGAAUUGUCAAAGAGCUUGGUACUAAGAUUUAGUUGUGAUUUAGUGCUGAAUUUGUCAGGAAGACAGGUCAGAAAGUACAUUUACAAAAAAUCUUUUGUAUCUUCAAGUGACCUUCUUUUUUUAAAAAAGGUCUUGAUUUAGAACCAAAGACAUGUAUUAAUAAACACAAAAAUCUAAAAAGUUUAAAAUAGUGUAGUAUAUUGUUCUGUAUAUAAAAUUUAUUGAUACAAUCUUGGCAUUCUGUACUUACAUGUAUUACUUUUCUACAUUUUUAAUACUCAUAUCAGCUUCUUCAUUAAGUUUAAUUGUGACAAAUUUGUGCUGUUCUUAGUAUUUACAGGACAUUUGACUUUACUGUUUUAUUCUUGUACAUAAAAAAGUGCAAUAUAGAGAUACUGGGUUAGCUAAAAAAUUCAUUUGUUUUUAUCCAUAAGAUGGCUCUACUAGUGCUUAGUUAUCUUUAACUUCAUUCAAAACAGUUUUGUUACAUUGUAUUGUGAUAGCUGUUGUAUAAGUAUACAUUCUUA